CUUGCCUGCAGGUCCCCUCCAACCCGACUGGACAAGACCAGAACGAGGUGGGUUUUGAAGCAUCUGGGAAAAUGGCAAGACUGACGGGUGACGGGUGACGGGUGACAGAGCAAGAGAGGUCUGGCCCAAAACGGAAAGGUCUGGUGGGCGGGGCGCUGCUGCAUCCAAUCGAAAAUCGGCGCCGUGCGAAUCCCUGCAAGCACACCCCAAAUCUCCCACCAGAAACGCUGCCACACUUUCCCUGCCUUGCCUGCCAAACAGGCUCGCUUUUGCCCUCCAAAAACUCGCCUUGUUUUUUUCUUGUCGUGCCCAUCACACUCUACCCGUCCCCCGUCCCUUUUCCACACCACGCCCGCGCCCGCGCCCGCGCCCACGCCCGACCUGGCCCAAAACGGGAAAGCACAGACCAGCCCUCCCGCACCCACGCAGCCGCCCGCCCCUUUGCAACCAGAAUCAGCCAGCAGCCCGAUCCACACCUGCCGCCACCUACUUAAAUCUCCAAUCCCCCACCCAUUCCCUCUCCCGCUUUCUUCCCUCUGCAUCCAUCCACCACUCCACCCCACCCACCCAGCCAACCACAACCUUCUUCCAUCAACACUUGCACCGCGUCUUGUCGCGUCAUCAAUCAAACUUCAAGAAGUCAUCACUUUUCAUCAUCACAAUGGCCCGCACCAAGCAGACCGCCCGUAAGUCCACCGGUGGCAAGGCCCCCCGCAAGCAGCUUGCCUCCAAGGCUGCCCGCAAGUCCGCGCCCUCCACCGGAGGUGUCAAGAAGCCUCACCGCUACAAGCCUGGUACCGUCGCUCUGCGUGAGAUCCGUCGCUACCAGAAGAGCACCGAGCUGCUGAUCCGCAAGCUCCCCUUCCAGCGUCUGGUCCGUGAGAUCGCCCAGGACUUCAAGUCCGACCUGCGCUUCCAGUCCUCCGCCAUCGGUGCUCUCCAGGAGUCCGUCGAGUCUUACCUCGUCUCCCUCUUUGAGGACACCAACCUGUGCGCCAUCCACGCCAAGCGUGUCACCAUCCAGUCGAAGGACAUCCAGCUCGCCCGCCGCCUCCGUGGUGAGCGCAACUAGGUUUUCUAGCCUACUUUGCACUGGGAUUUCUUGAUGGGUUGGUUUUUGGGACGGUCACGAUGAUUUUUUAACAGCAAUGCUCGGUUGACGAUGGUCAUAUCCACAGGGAAAGGGGAUCCAUGGCGUUCAGUUGCGAUGCUUUCUUGGGGCGGGUUGUACAUUAGAAUACGCAGCUAAUGGGACGCUGCCGCCGCCCGAUAUUGAACAGGGAAAUUCAUGAUC